CGACUUUCAAUGUUUUGGUUUGUUUUGAACGCUUCGACACACCUUUGGCUCGACUCUUGUGUCUCUCAUCUGUCCAUUAGAUCCCGAAGUGAUGUCCAGCGAGCAGUCCUAUGACGACGUGUCGCACCCUUUUCCGCCCAAAUCCGGUCAACACAUGAAUGGCUACACUCUGGAAGAGCUGCUCAAGUCGUCGCGCAACUGCUGGGUCUUCGUGUGUCACCUCACGAGCGACACAUCGCAGCGGUUUGUCACGAAGAUUGCCGUGAAGACGGAGUACAAGAAGUUGUUGAAUGAGAUCCACUGCUACAAAGUGCUGGACGGAGGGAAAGGCAUUCCUCGACUUCAUUAUCAUAAACAAUGGUCAGUGGAGUCGGAUGUGGGGGACUAUACAGAAGUGGCGAUGAUUGUGAUCGACCGGUUGGACAAUGUCUUCAAUAAGACAUCCAAAGUGAAGGCAAAGUGUACUCUACCGGCCGAACAACUCAUUCCUAUGGCUGUGCAACAGAUAUCACUGUUGGAGUACAUCCACAACAAAGGACUAACCCAUAGAGGGGUUAAACCCGACAACUUCGUUGUGUCUGAGGACAGGACCACUGUAUAUAUCAUUGAUUUCAAUAAAUCCAAACCUUAUUUGGACUCUAAUGGCAAUCAUAAGCCGUACCGCAGAGUCGAGUCCAAGAGACCCAGAGGUCUACCGUUCUUCCAUUCAGUCAAUUACCACAAUGGCGUCCGACGCUCAAGACGUGAUGACAUGGAGUCACUGCUCUACUGUUGGGUCUAUUUAUUCCACGGAACCCUUCCAUGGAGUGAUGUCAAGAGAUAUGAAAACCAAUUCAAGACUUAUGUGAAGAAUAUUGGGAAACGAGUCAAUGAGACGUCCUAUGAGCAGAUUUGUGCCGGUUUGCCUCAUAAUUUUGAACGAUAUCUAACACUUUGUCGUGAAAUGGAUUUCUAUGCUCAACCCAAUUACCAACUCAUGAGACAAUUAAUCUCCGAUUCACUCAUUGAACUCAAUAAUAACUCAAUUUCUAAUGAUUCUCAAUUAAAUUAGUGCCAAAACAUUACUGUAAUCCC